AUAUUCGAACCUUUGCAACUUCCUAGUGCCCAAAGGAGCAGAUUAGAUUACCAUUUCUCACGAAACUGAGGCAAGAGAGAGAAGGGCACCACCCUCACAGAGUGUGCGGACUUGCUUGCGUCUCCUGGAUUAUUGAUUUUUCGCCCCCUUUGUGACUGUCUUUUCCAUGGGCGCUCAUGACUUGCCGAGCUUUCUCACUUUCUCAUGAACAACCAUGAGACCAUAAUAACACCAAGAAGAAAUCAUGUGGACUUCCAAGGUGUCUCGGUUCCUCCAGGUGGCCAUUCUCAUUGUGGCCACGGUCCACCUGACCGGAAUGGUAUUGGUGAAAUUCGGUAAAUUUCACAUUCACCCAGUGGACACUCAGGUCGACAAUUCUUCCGCCAUUCACCGUUUACCUGAAUGCAUUGUCAUUGGGGUACGGAAAGGUGGGACUCGAGCCCUUCUGGAUAUGAUUAAUCUCCACUCCCAGGUGAAGAUUGCCAAGGCGGAAGUGCAUUUUUUCGACAUCGAGACCAACUUCCAUCUCGGAUUGGAAUGGUACAAGAGCCAAAUGCCUAAAACCAUGCCUGGUGAAUUGGCUAUCGAGAAGAGUCCCAGCUAUUUUGUGACCGAGAGUGUUCCACAACGGAUUUUUGCCAUGAACCCGCAAAUCUUACUUCUUUUAGUUCUGAGGGAUCCCGUCACCCGACUGAUCUCUGAUUAUACUCAAAUCAUGUACAACCAUUUGGAACGCGGUCGAACUUUCAAGUCAUUUGAGGAGUUGGUAUUCUUCCCGAAUAAAUCGGUGAAUACGGGCUAUGAAGCCGUGGCCAAGAGCAUCUAUGUCCAGUACAUCCACCGGUGGAUGCAUUUCUUCCCGAAGAAUCAGAUUCAUAUCGUGAAUGGGGAUCGAUUAAUUCACCAACCUUGGCAUGAGCUAAGGAAAGUGGAACAAUUUCUGGGAUUACCUCUUCAGAUCGAAAAGAACGACUUCUUCUUCAACUCAACCAAAGGCUUCCAUUGCUUGAAGAAGAAGACCAGUAGUAAUCCGGAGCUGCAUUGCUUGACCAAAAGCAAGGGUCGAGCUCACCCAAACAUCACUGAUGAGACCAAAACGCGCUUAAGGAAGUUCUACGCCCAAUUUAACUACGAUCUCUACAAUGUGGUGGAUAGGGACUUUGGAUGGCCUGAGGAAUAACUCAUCGGUUUCAACGAAUUCCCAAUUUCUUUCCCUCCCUCUCAUGUUAUUUGUGUGACUUAUGCACAUGAUAUAAAGUUAUAUUUCUAGUUCCAUGAACA